UAUUUGUUCAUGAUUAAAUCAUGUAACAUACAUCAAAGUAAGGUGGCUAAUUUUUUAUACAAUAUUACUGAUGCAUAAUAUCGACUUGACUCCGAAUGUUAUUAAUUAAUAAUGUACGUACGAUUUUUUCCCAAAAUUAAUAAUUGUUAUCAUGUUACUACCAGAUCAGAGACAAGCUAAUAUUCUUGCCUUAACAAAUGACUACACAAGAUAUUUAUCCCUACCGGCGCUCGGCGCUCCAGCUCGUCGUAGGUUCCUUCGCCGCGGCCAUGGAUAAAUCACCAAGAUCAAUUCCUAUCGGAUCUGGACCUGCUAGGGCCGACACAAGCAAAGAUGUCGCAGUAGUUGCAGAUGGGAUUAGGCGCACAGGCAUCGUCGACACGAGCAACAUUGAUUAUGGCACUAGUAGAUUACGUCCGCGCCAUCGAUUAUGUAGGACACAUGAUCCGGCGCAGAGAUAUAAUCAAGUUUGGGAUGGUCUUUUAGACGCCAUUAGACAGAUGCAAUUAUCUGCCGAUGAGUUGAGGAAGUUGAGCCGCCGCAAUCAUGUGCCUGAGUAUUAUGAUAUGGUGCACAAGAAUGCAUUGGUUAAUGCCAUGAGUGAUGUUACUGAAAUUGCAAAAGGUCUAGACACUAUGAGCAGGGAUUUGGAGGAAGUUCUUAUUGGUCCGCAACCUCUACUUGAGGAUUACGAAGCCCUUGGAAUGUACGAUGAUUUCAAAACUGAUGUUCAUUGUGAUUGUACUGAGCUGUGUGGUUCGGAUGAAGACAACUCUUCUUUUGACUCGGAUGAGAUCCCUGAUCGCCGUAUGAAGGGCCCUAUCUGAGCUAUUUGUCUGUGAUAGAGUCGCCUCCUCGACAAUAGCCAUGUAUUUUUAGUUCAACUUGGUUUCGGCCAUGAUUGUUUUGGCCAUAAUGUAUCUUCAACUUGUAGUUCAUGAUGUAUCUUCAACUAUUUGUGCCCAGUUUAAUGAAUUCAGCUUAUUCCAGCUUGUACAUUGAUCUAAACAUUAUUUCAGAAUAUGCUCCUUUCAAGUUUGUACAUGUAUUU